AUGGCCACUGAGGUGACCUUCCCCGAGUUCCAGGCCACGGCCUUGGAUGCGAUCCCAGGAAUUGCCAGCGCUGCUCGCGGGGCCUUCCGCAUCCACAAGACCAAGAACUUGGAGUGGCGCCGGCUUCAGCUGCGCAAGCUGUACUGGGCUCUGGACGACUACCAGCCUCGACUCCUGGCUGCCCUCAUGAAGGACCUGCACAAGUCCGACUUCGAGUCACUAUUUACCGAGAUCGACUGGGUCAAGAAAGACUGCCUGUUCAUGCUCAAGCACCUCGAAAGCUUUGCCAAGGACGAGAAGCUGGGCUCGCCACAUGUCCCGGCGACCUUCUCGUUCAUGAAGUUCCGCAUUCGGAAGGAGCCGCUGGGUGCCGUGCUUAUUAUCGGUCCCUACAACUUCCCGGUCCAGCUUCUACUUGCGCCCUUGGUCGGUGCCAUUGGUGCCGGGUGUACAGCGGUUCUCAAGCCUUCCGAGCUGACGCCCGCAUGCGCCAUGGUAAUCAAGGAGCUGAUCGAGAAGACGCUCGACACGAGCGCCAUUGCUGUGGUCAACGGCGCAAUCCCCGAGACGAACGCACUCAUGAACGAGAAAUGGGAUAAGAUCUUCUUUACGGGCAGCGCGGCGGUCGGCACCAUCAUCGCGAAGAAGGCUGCCGAGACCCUCACCCCCGUGGUGCUCGAGCUGGGCGGCAAGAAUCCCGCCUUCAUCACUAAGAACGCCAACCUGGCCCUGGCUGCGAAGCGGCUGCUCUGGGGCAAGACCGUGAACUCGGGCCAAAUUUGCCUGUCCCAAAACUACAUCCUCAUCUACAAGGAGCUCGUCCCGACUUUCAUCACCUUCCUCAACCAGGCUUACAAGGAGAUGUUCCCCAACGGCGCCCAGGCGAGCCCGGACCUGGGCCGAAUUAUUGUAAUGGGUGGCGGCGUAAACGAGGCGGACAAGUUCAUCGAGCCGACCGCUGUGCUGGUGGACUCGAUCGACGACCCAAUGAUGCAGGAAGAGUCGUUCGGGCCCAUCUUCUCCAUCUACCCGGUGAACUCGCUUGACGAGGCGCUCAACGUCGCAAACACGGUCCAUCGGACGCCGUUGUCUCUGUUCUCGUUUGGUUCCAAGGCGGAGAACCAGAGAGUUCUCAACGAGAUGACAUCGGGCGGCGCCACCCUCAACGAUGCGUACUUCCACGCAUCUGUGAACACGGUGCCUUUCGGCGGCGUCGGCGACAGCGGCUGGGGCGCGUACCGCGGCAAGGCGAGCUUCGACUGCUUUACGCACUUCCGCACCAUCUCGGAGACGCCCACGUGGUCCGAAAGGCUCAUCGCCGUGCGGUACAUGCCGUUCGACAUGGGCAAGCUCAAGAUUGUGGGCCGCCUGACCAACGGGAAGCCCAACUUUGACCGCAACGGCAAGGUGGUCAAGGGCUUCGGGUACUGGGCCGCCAUGUUCUGUGGGCUGGGCAGCAAGAGCGCGAAAGGACACGAUGAAUAA